AGCUCUCACUUUCUGCAGCUUGAAAUAAACCCGACUUGCAACACAGAAGCAAGUGCAACCACAGCAGGGUUUGAGCAGGAAAAACCUUCACAGGGGGGCUAGUGAAGGACGAGUGGGGGAAAGGAGGUGGUUCUCUGUCACCAGAAAAAGUACUGCCACUCAAUUUUUUCCACUUAUCGUCAGCCCCCCCAUGACGCCCCAAAAGCGAAGACAAGAACUGACCACUGAAUGACAAUAUAUAAACCUGGUGAAAGAGGGCUGACAAUAGACUUCUCUGCCUUGACAAAGAAGUCACCAGCAAUGAAGCUCCACGCUGCAGCUAUCCUCGUCAUCUUCUGGCUUGGCAUCUUCACUCUGCACACAGUGAAAGGAAGCAUUGCAAGUCAGUCCAUGGCCAAAUUCAGUUGUGUACGUCUGUCUACCCGGCAACUCAAUAUCCGAAAUCUUGUCAACUAUGAAAAGCGACAAGUUCCAGUAGAUGCCAUCGUGUUUAUCACUGCAAAAGGUAUCAAGAUCUGCGUAAGCCCUGAUCACAAACAGGCGCAGGCUGCUAUAAAGAAAAUAGACCAAACACGUACCACCAAAGGCAAAUGAUGCUGUCCUAGGCAAGCAUCUAAGGCCAACCAAAUGGAAUCAUCAUCAGUGCUGCACAUCACAGGGAAGAAAACCUUAGUAUCUGCCUUUAAUUCCUAUUUAUUAGUUGGCAAUAAAUCUCUGAACAAGCAUGAACUCAACAGAA